AUGGACCUUUGGCUCUAUAUGUUUUUCAUCCCUCUGGUUUUUAACCUUGAACAAAAUUUAUCCUGCAUGGAUGAUCAAUGCCGUAUCUUAGCAUUUCCAUCCACUCUGUUCUUCGUCGGAGAACGUCUAAUUAACCACACCAUAGCAAACAUCAGUGUGAUUGACAGGGACACGUGUGAAUAUCAUUGCUACCUGCUCCAUAACUGUGUUAGUGUGAACUUUUAUUUUGGACAAAAUGGAGGAGAAGCACACAACUGUGAACUAAAUAACUCAACGAGUAAAGAACACGAGAGGGAUCUGGCGAAAGCAGCGAGCUACGUAUACCACGGGACGAAUGUACGAGCUAUUGUCAAUGUCAAUUCUUUGGCGUUUAGCAUUGGAUUAGAGCUGAAGGCAUAUUUUUUAUAA